AUGACAUAUGUUAAUACUCUUUUUUUUAAUGUCCUACUCUCUAUUCUUUCUCUCUCCUCUUCUUUGUCUUUCUUUGUCUUUAUUUUUUCCAUUCUUUCUUUGACUAUUAUACUCUCUAUUUUCUUUCUUUUUCCUCAUUCUCUUCUCUUUCCUUGUUACUCUUUCUUUAUCUGUAUUUUAUCCUUUUUUCUCACUCUUUCUUUUAUAAUCCAACUGUUUCCUGUUUUUCUUUCUUUUUUCUUCAUCUUUUUACUUCCUCUUUCAUCAUCUUUAUUUUACUCUCUUUUCUCAUUAUUUCUUUCUUUUAUUUAUAUUUUCUCUUUCUUUUACCAUCUUACUCUCUCUUUUCAUUCUUUCUCUCUCCUCUUUUCUCCUUGUUUUUUCUUUAUCACUAUUAUUACUUCUCCUUUUUCCAGUCUUUCUUUUACAACCCCACUAUUUACUAUUUUCAGUCUUUUUGCAUUAUUUUUUCUUUUCUCUUUAUCUCUCUUUUACUGUUUCUUACUCUCUCUCUCUUUCUUUCUCUUAUUGUUCUCUUCACUAUUUAUUUCUAUUUUUCUUUCUCUCUCAAUGUCUGCUUUUUGUUCUUCUCUUUUAUUUUAUUCUAUCUUUUCUUUUCUCACUCUUUCUUUGGCUAUCCAACUCUCUCUUUCCUUUCUAUCUUUUCUCUCCACUCCAUCUCUGCUCAUUUCUUCUCACCCUGUUUUAUCUUUAAUUCUUGUUACCUUUCCUUUUCUAUUUUUCUUUAUCUCUCUCCCUCUUUCUUUCUAUCUAAUUCUCACUUUCUCUAUUAAACUACUCUUCUCAUUAAUUCUUUUUCUUUUCAUUUAUCCAUUUUUUUUUUCUUCAACGGUCUUUUCUUACUUUCACUUUCUUUUUACUCCCUUUCAUUCAGUCUCUCUCCUUGCUUCUUCUAUUUGCCCUUAA